GUAACUCAUAUCCAAGGUGUCGUGUAAGUCCAUGUCGCUUAAUGGAGGUGGCUUUUUGUGAAGCCUAUCUCCUAUCAGCCGAAAGGUGGCUGGGCCACAUGAGUCAACAUUACGAGAAAGUGCCUUACCAUCCAUUUUUCCUCAUUUUCCUCAUUGAAAUGACAACAUUGGAAUCCCUUGGCAGAAGGCAUAGCCCCAUGCCUUUCUCUACGGAAAAAGUCUUCUCGACUCUCAGUCUCGCAUUUAAAUCACCAGAUUAAUAUUUACAACUAUAGAUGAGAACCAAUAUACUACGUUGAGCGGUUGAUCAUUUACGCCAGUUGUCGUUGCGGUGUAUCCGGCCCCCAAACACGUCACCUGCAGCCUGGUCUACUUGGAUUCGUCUCAAGCGAGUGUUGGUGCAAUUAUUCGUUGGGCAUGAAUGUCUUCGAAACCGAUACGACCCUAUUCCAUGACCCAUGCGGGCUUGAUAGGUAAACAAGGUGACGUUCACCAUUCUAUAAUGUGUGUGAUCUCCUAAUUUGUUUUGGAGGGGGAUAGGUCCCUUAUUUUACUCAAUUUUCCCAUUUAAUAGGAAAAGGGGGAAGGCCUGAUUUAUGCCGACAUAUGUAGGAAGGAGUUAGCCAACUCGGUCGACUAACAACAUGGCCAAUAUAGGUCGUUUCGGACUAGCAGCAAUAUCAAACACUCUCGAUUCAACUCAAACAUUAUUAAGCCUCAAUUUCGAUUUUUCAAUCGCCAAAUUCGAGCCUCCUCGAGAAUUCCACGAACUCGGCCGCUGUCUCACCGCUGGAAGAAGAAGCAUAGCUGAAGAUGGCCUUCUCCAUAUUACAGCACGGAGGCUGGCUGCGAGCUUCAGACCCCUGCUACCGCAAACCCCGACAUUGAUUAAGUGCUAUGGCCUUCGUGCUUCGGAAAUCGCAAAGGCGUCUACAGAAAGUCUUCCAGACAGCGUUGGCGUUUUCACAUCGCAGGUGGGGAUCGACGGCACGAGCAUCUGGGCCGGUGCAACAUCCGGCGAAGGGGCUAUCCAGGUCCAUUUGCUGGCUUGUAUGCUUGCAAGAAUAUGGAGCGGGCCCGAGGCCACUUCAAUAUGGGUUGAGCUACUCGAAUCCCGUCUACAAGAAAUACGAAAUGAAUUCCAAAAGCUUGGAUUAAUGGACGUUGGGGUAUUGUCUACCACUCAGCAGCAAAUUGAUAGAUCACAGCUUGCCGAAUGGGACGCAAGUGCUCGCGCGUGGUUGAGAAUAGCAGAUGCGGAAAAGUCAUUGCCGCAGAAACAGCUGCUACUUAUCAUCGAAAACCUCAGCAGAAAGGUAAAUUCGAAGCCAUCCGUCUACCAUAGCGUCAUGAAAGCUUGGAUUAGUGGCCUCGAGGGGAUGGAAAGUCUACUCCAAAACUCCCCCAUGGGAAUGCAGACUGGUGAUUUACUUCUCGCUCUUUCGUCGUGGCAUCUUUACCCAGAUCUCAAUAUUUUGGGUCCCGCUACUAAAGUCAUUCACCAAAGAGAUCCGUUAGUCCCACCAUCGGGGAUCUUGACGAUAGGAAUGGAGCCGAAUGGCUUCAUCUCGAACGGGGGCCUCCAAUGGUCUUUACCUUUGGCGCAUCUUCGCUACUACGGCGACCCGGUAGUACGGACAGGGCUUGUAUCCACCAAAGGGUCGCGCCUGUCUCUAGUAGACUUCAAAAUGGCCGUCCUCGGUUGUGUAAUAGGAGGGUGGGGAGUAGACGAUCGAGGUGUUGAGGAUGCCUUAAGGUGGAUUAAAAAGCUCUCGAGAGUUAUAGGUAGACUUUCCGAAGCAUCGUCGGUUAUGUCGGGGAGUUCGUGGCUAUCCAUACUCGGGGAAGCAGCCCACAUGUUUCUGACAUCUACCGGGUCUAAUCGGGAGUUCUUUACCCGAGUUCUCAAUUUGGGAAGAAACCACGCGAUGUUUAUAGGCGAAACUUCGCUUCCCUACUUUGGCAUGGCCGAUGUGCGGAGAACGUUAUCAUUAUCUAAUACUAUCGCAAGGAAGACGGAGGUGUUACGAUCGUUAGCUAAUUCCAUGAAUUUCGGCCAGGAGCAGGCGAUAAUCCGUCACAUCCCAGAGGAGGCACUAUCAGAUCAUCUGUCUAACCCGGCCCGGCCCCGGCUCCCACCAAAACAAGGCAAGCCAGAACAGCGAAAGACUAACACCCGAUGGAUAACAUCAUGGGCUACACGAAAUAGGGCCAGAUCCAAAAGUUUACCAGAUAAUGGGUAUUGUGGGUGUAAGAAAAUACGAUAUAGCAUGAUUGGUGAGGAUAUCACGCCUAUGGAAGACGAGCCAUUACAAACAAUCCAUCAUAAAGAAGAGCCGACAGACGUUGUCCAGAAUGCGCCAGAGAUGGGAAACGAUUGUGAAGAAGAUCGCCAUAAAACCCGGUCGAAUUGGUUUGAACACUAUGAACGUUGGGUAGGAGAUGAUGCGAACACUGUGGCAAUUUUCCUGCGGCUCUAUAUGAAUAGGCCGUCAGCGCGACAGAAUAUUAGCUCUACUGCCCUUUAUCAGAUUUUCGAGGACGCACUCGAGGAUCACAUGCUUCUGCCCAUCUUCCUUGAUGGACUAGAAUCCCUAGAAAGACCGUAUCUUACGUCUUUGUGGGCCUUCGCUACCAUGGCUUCGCUUUAUGGCCAAUUUGGCGAGGCAACAAUCGAUGCUCGAGUUUUUGAGGCAUCUCUUUUUCAGGCGGAUUGGUACCCAUCCCCGGGUGGGAGUUUCGCUGAAAUAUACAAACUAAAGAGCGUGGGCUCAUGGGCUCCGGAUCUCUUCUUACCUCAAUUCCUGAAACUCGAAUUAAAAAGAGCCCAAACGCGCGAAAACUUAGAGGCUGACAUGUACGGGGUAAUUGGCAAGGCUGAAUCAUCAAUGGACAGCUCCCGCGAGUCGCUGGACGAAAGCCAACCUGAUGUUUCAUGUAGGACAUCUGCGCAAGGAGAAUGCCUGGAACCUAAGGACAUACUUCAACGUAUAUACAUCCACACAAGGCCUCAGGACAUGAGUACACAACAAUCUUUCUCAUGCGUCCUGUUUUUCGAGAAUUUCUUCCAUAUUCCCCCUCCACGACUCGAAAAUGUCAUAGCAUUGUCAAGUGGAAAUUCUUUAUUCAUUGCAACUUCCCUGCUGUCAGACCCGAUAAAUUUACCACCGCGAAGGGGCAAGAUUCGACACGUUAUGGGGAACUUGGGACGUUCAGGCACCGCCUUACUCGUCCCACCAACGUCACCUCGAAUGAUGAAAAUUGGUAUUGAUCAUUGGUAUUUCGUAAACCAUACCGCUUGGGACGGAAUCCCAAGAGACUGUUUCCAAGACAGUACACUGCAUUUGAAAUUCACUGGUUGGACACAGGAGGUGGACAUUGGCCAAAGUGGCGCGCAGGACAAGGAGGUUAAAAUGCUUGAGAGUGUUGUUUCUCUCUAUGGAAAGGGUGAAUGGGUUGCCGAUCUCGAUGUCCUCAAAGCUCUCUAUUUCUCAGUCGCCAGGCGCGAAAAUAAGUCUGAGGAAGAUGCUGCAGGGCAAGACAUGGCAAAUAAUGCGCAACCACCAAUCAAUAAACGGCAUCCCUGCAGUUGCAAGAACAAGAGAAAAUAUUUACCCGUGAAUGUACCGCUCGUCGCCAUCGAAAACUGGUUCGACCUCCUGGAUAAAAAGGAGGAAGAUAGCAUCUUCCUAGCUACUGGAAAUUGGCAGGCACGCUUGGCUGCCAUGAUGAUCUGUCAUACGCAAAAGAGAAAGGCAUGCGUACUCGCAGAGGAUCAGUGUUUCACGUGUCUGGCCUCGAUGGUUGAAUCAUCCAAGGGCCCUACGGUGUAUAUCUACUAAAUCAGGAUUAUCUAUGUCCCUAGCUUUUCAAUAAUCUAGGCUGUCCUAUGCCAACUCAUGCCUACAAGUUCAGACAUGGUGUUUUGAGCACAGGUUUGCUUAUACUACACUGGCAUCUGUGAGGUCACAUUCGGUCAUACUUAUUGGUUUGCCCCCAUCGCGUAAGCGAUGGACAUACGGCGUGAUCGAGAUUAGUCUUUAUGAAAUCGCUGUUCCUAGCAU